AUGGCUGAAAAGACUUCCACAAAAAUGGAUGCAAUUAGUCAAGAAGGAGUUCUUGGAUCCUUUCAGCUCUUCCCCACCGGCACUCAUAAUCACGGUGUGGGACGCGAUAGCUCUCCUAUAUACACAUUUCGUUCAUCUCCCCAUAAGAUGGACGUUGAAAAAACAAGUCGAGCACCUUUCCAUGCAAAUGGACAACUUGAUCGAGAACCAGAAGGGGAAGGUGGCCAAUUUCGCGUUCGGGUCCUCAAUUCGUUGUGGCCCUCCAAAACCGCCAACAACGAAAAACAUGCUAGCCAAAAUGCCAAAGGAUAUAGCGUUGUCGAGGACGGAGAAAUUGAGGGUUUAGUUCCUCCUGCCCUAACAAAGGAAGAAUUGCCAUCCCUGGGGAAAUUGCGCCGAAUUGGUACCGUGGGAGGUACUGCGGAGUCAAGAUGGAGAUCGUGUCGACAUAUACUCCCGAACUAUUGUUAUAAGCAAGAUGGGAGUGAAGGACUUAUGCCUCAUGUGUCAGGAGGUAGCGGACUCGUUGAACCGCAAGGAUAUCGCAAUAAUUCACCAAUGGUAAUCGACGUGAUCGCGGAUGAGUCCGACCGCCAACGUAUUGCAGACUUUGUUCAUAUGAAAAUCUGUAAAGGAUCAGAUUUUACCAAUUGUAUAAAGGAGGGAUCAUUUCUUAACCGUUUUAUGAAGAAAAUUCAAGAGUAUGGCUUCGACCACAUCAUUAUCAUUGCAAACGCGAAGAAGGAAUACUUUUUUUAG